AUGAACGGAUUACGUAACGGAGACGCCUGUACGGCGGCGAGGAGUUCCGGAGAGCUGGUGGCCAUUGUCGGGAUGGGAUGUCGCUGGUCUGGAGAUGUAAGUGACAGCCACAAGCUAUGGGAGCUCCUCAACAACCGGAGGUCCUCGUACAAGGACUUCGGCGACCAUCGGUUCGGCCUCGAAGGAUUCUACAGCCGGAAAGAGAACCGACCAGGCACGUUUUCGACCAAGGGGGCCCAUCUGCUCAACGAAGAUCCUCGUCUGUUUGACUACGGGUUCUUCUCUAUCCCUGCGGCUGAAGUGGAGACCAUGGACCCCUCACAAAGAAAGCUUCUCGAGGUCGUGUACGAGGCCUUUGAGAAUGCGGGAGUGCCUUGGGAAAGCUUCUCCGGGUCUCAGACGGGCGUUUUCGUUGGCAACUUCUCGACAGAUCAUGCCGUCAUUCAGGGGCGGGAUGAGUACGUGCGGCCGUACACCAGUACUGGUACCGCUUUUGCUAUUCUUAGCAAUCGGGUGAGCUAUACCUUCAACUUGAAAGGCCCCAGUGUGACUUUAGAUACAGCCUGCUCGUCGGGGAUGUAUGCUCUGCAUAUGGCCGUCGCAGCAAUCAGAAAUGGUGACUGUGGCUCGGCAAUUGUUUCAGGUUGCAACUGUAUUCUUGAUCCAAAUAUCCACAUCAGUCUCCAGAACCUGGGAGUUCUCUCCUCGACCUCGUGUUGCCACACAUUUGACGCUUCUGCCGAUGGUUACUGCAGAGGAGAAGGCUACGCAGCCUUAUAUAUAACCAAGCUAUCGAUUGCUGUUACUGAAGGACUCCCAAUUAGAGCAGUGAUUCGCGGAACAGCCAUCAAUGCCAAUGGAAAGACUGGAGGCCUCUCACGACCAAGUGAGACUGGUCAAGAGGCUGUCAUUCGUAAGGCAUACGAGAAUGCUGGCGAUCUUCGCAUAGAAGACACAACAUAUAUUGAAAGUCACGGGACUGGAACCUCAGUAGGAGAUCCGAUUGAGAUUAAUGGAUUAGGAGCCGCUCUAAAGCCGGAACGACAGAAGAGUCCCCUCCUGAUUGGAUCGAAUAAACCCAAUCUGGGCCAUACUGAGGCCGCCAGCGCCAUUGCCAGUAUUAUGAAGGUAGUUUUGGCGCUGGAGAAUGGCAUCAUUCCUCCAACCAUUGGAGUGACGAACCUAAAUCCUGACAUCGAUCUUCGGGGUGGUGCCAUUAAGAUCGUGACAGAACCUACCCCCUGGCCGCAUGGAAGGCUACGAAGAGCCGGAAUUAACAACUUCGGGUUUGGAGGCGCCAAUUCUCACUGCAUCCUAGACCACGUUGAGAAUGUUCUCCCCGGGUAUGUGAAGCCAGGUGUUUUCAAAGGCAACGACGUUGGGCUGAGAGGAAUGUCCAAUGGAUAUCAUAAGACAAACGGACAUGGAAGUGACCAGUCGCAUAACCAUAGCGAGCAGGAGAAACAUGCAGUUGUCCAGAAUAUAGAUGACAGAGGGGCCAGCCGGGAGCUUAACGUCACUGUUCCUCUUCUCCAAAAAGCAGAUUCAAACACACGCCAGUACCUGAUUCUGCCAUUCUCAGCUCAUCACGACACGUCUCUCAAACUCAACAUUGAAGCUUCGCAAUCUGAUGUCAACAAAUGCUCGGUGGCUGAUUUAGCAUUCACCUUGUCUAACCGAAGAACCAAAUUCCCUCGUCGAACUUUCCGCAUCGCUGAUAAAGACGACCUAAUUGCCGGCCUCAAGUCUGAAGAGCUCGUUUCCGUGGCCAACACGGAUGCUCAGAGUGUAGCCUACAUAUUCACAGGCCAGGGCGCCCAGUGGAAUGGGAUGGGUCGCCAUCUCUUCCAGUACCAUGUUUUCAAGAGAACCAUUCUUCAUAUGAAUGACAUUCUUCAACAACUGCCCAACCCCCCUUCCUGGACUCUGCAGGCUGUUCUCGAUCGCGAAUAUAGAGAGCAUGAUAUUAAUAUCCCUAUCAUUACACAGACUGUUUGUACUGCGGUCCAGAUUGGACUUGUCGACCUUCUGGCAUCAUGGGACAUUAUGCCAGCUGCUGUAGCGGGCCACUCAUCUGGGGAGAUCGCAGCAGCCUACGCCGCUGGCCGUAUCACUGCUGCAGAGGCUAUUACAGCAGCAUAUCUCCGUGGCUGUGCUAUCUCUACCAAUCAGAAACAAGGAGCGAUGUUGGCUGUUGGGCUAGGCAGAGAGGAGGUAGCUGAUCAUUUGGAAGGCUUUGAUGGUCGGGUUACCAUCGCUGCUGUCAACUCGCCACAGAGCGUCACGUUAUCUGGAGACUCUGAGCCCAUUACACAGAUAUCGCAGGCUUUGGAUGAUUUGGGGAUCUUUAAUCGAAAGCUCAGGACGGGAGACAACGCCUAUCAUUCUCAUCACAUGCUUUCCAUCGGGCAGGCUUACGAAGAUCAGCUCGCUCGUGCUUUAGAGGAGCUGCCAAGAAAGGAUGCUUCCCGUUUCAACCUUCGGCAUGCAGUGUCUUGGAUUUCCUCAGUCUUUCCUUUCAAGGAUACGACAAACUUACCGAUCGAUGCUUCGUAUUGGCGGGCAAACCUCGAGUCACCUGUUCAGUUCUCAGCCGCUGUCUCCAGAUUACUCAAAAUGACGGAUAUGCCUGUCGGCGUGUUGGUAGAAAUUGGGCCUCACGCGGCUCUGAAAGGCCCCCUGCAACAGAUAAUGAACGGAGUGUCCAAGAAAUUACCAUAUGUCUCUUGUUUGAUCAGGGGGCAGAAUGACCAACUGGCUUUACUGAGAAUGGCUGGAACAUUAUUUUCCGUCAACGCCCGCAUAGACAUGGCCAGGGUAAACGCUACUGAUUGUCUUGAUAGCGAAGGGAAUCUCUCAUACGCUGUAGGGUGCACCGCGACCCAGUUGACCCCAUACAGGUAUACCUAUGGCCCGAUUCUAUACAGCGAAAGCUCUCUCAGUAAAGAGUUUCGUGGGCGCACAGUCCAGCGACACGACCUACUAGGGUCCAAAGUUCCUGGAACUUCCAAGCUAACGCCCCAAUGGCGCAACAUCCUGCGUGUGAAGGACCUCCCGUGGCUAUCUGAUCAUAAGUUAAUACCACAUGUCGUUUUCCCUGCAUCUGCAUUUAUGACAACUGCGAUGGCGGCUGUAGAGCAGUGGUAUCACGAGCGGCCAAAUCCCAGCGCCAUAGCAGGGAUCUCACUUCGGAAUGUGGACUUCAUCACUGCAAUGCGGGUCCCUGAGGAUGAUGUAGGAGUCGAAAUGGUUACGAGUGUGGAACCGGGCGAGCUUCGAAGUGAAGAGUCACCAUCGUGGAUAAAGUUCUCGAUAGCUUCUCUAGACAGAGAAACCGCCGUAUGGACUGUUCAUUGCACUGGGUCCGCCAAAAUAGAAACCAGCGACGAGGCUGGCCAUGCCCUUGUCAAGUUGUCGAAGGAAAUGGACCCUAGACAUGCAGACAAGGCCGCCUGGUACCGAAGGUUCAAAGAAAUCGGAUUCAAUUACGGGCCGUCAUUUCAGGGGGUCUCUGAUAUCAGGGCCGACCCAACGGAGUCAUUGGCCGUUGCGAAGCUCAACUUGAGAACCACGACGGAGGAGUAUCAAUCUACAUACCCCAUCCAUCCGGCUUCGCUUGAUGCACUUCAACAAAUGUCAGCCUUUGCUUGGAAUGGAGGUCAGCCAGCAAAAGCCACGUGUGCAUUUGUGCCUGUUCACGUUGACAGGGCUUUCUACAAGUUUGGCAACACAGAGGAUUGGGGUGUCGCCAUUGCGAAAGGAGAAAGAGUCGGUUUGCGCGGGGCAUAUGGCCGCUUGCAACUUCACAAUCAAUCCGGCGAGGUGGUUGUGGACAUUGACAGAUUGCGUUGCGUGUCUCACUUUGAGAUAAAAGCGGAGAGAGAGUACAGAGCGCCAUACAGCAAUCCUUUCUGGAGACUUGCCUGGAGACCCGACAUACGCACAUUAGAAGCAUCCCAAGCUCGGGACUAUUUGGCAGCUCCCCAGGCUGUGCAGGGCUAUGAGGGUGUUCUGAACGCCUUGGACCGCCUGGCUUCACUCAUCUUGGCUGAUAUAUCCAGCAAUAUGACAAAUGGAGUGGAUUUGAGCAAGACUACAGAGAGUGCCAAGCAAUACAUUCACUGGAUCAAAACGCAACCCUCGGAAACGUCUGAUUUAAUGACAGAAGCUAAGAGGCUUGAUGGGACCCAACGAGCCGAGGCCAUGAAGAAGUUGGUUGAUGAGCAUGGCCAAAGUCAUGAAAUUAUGGCUGCCCACACUCUAUUUCAAAACAUGAAUGACAUUUUGAGCGGUCAAAUUACAGGCAUCGAUGUUCUCUCUAAGAACGGCCUCGCUGACAUUGGCCAAAGUGAUAUCUUUGUCGCCAGCCUCUAUCCUCAAUUAGCUCGCUACUUUGACUCACUGGGCUUCGCAGACCCCUCCUUAACGCUACUUGAAGUUGGCGGAGGUCGCGGCAACGCUACAAAGGUAAUUCUGGAUUCUCUCUCGUCCAAGAACAUGGUCAAGAGAUACAGAAACUUCACCUUCACGGAUGUUUCGGAGGACGCUGUAAACAAGGCCAGAGACACUCUCAACUCAUACGCAGCUUUGAAAUUUGCAGUACUGGACAUCGAAAAGGAUGUCUUGGAGCAACAGUUCACACAGAAAUACGAUGUAGUAUUUGUGUCACAGCGCUUCUAUACCGCCAAGCGCAUGUCUGUUGCGCUUGAAAACUGCCGCAGGCUUUUGAAGCCAGGCGGUAAAUUACUGUUGCUUCAGAAUAUCGAGCAGACUGUUGGGCAAAAGUUCAUCUUGGGAGCAUUGCCGGAUUACUGGGCUGGUGCCGAAGACGACUCCUGCUUAAACCUCGACACUUGGGAGAAAAGCCUGACCAAAGCUGGGUUUUCUGAUGUGGACAUUCUCCUGCACGACCUUGCAACUCCACAAAGUCGUGCGGUAGUUAUGGUAGCCACGGCAAAACACCCCGUUGUUGAGAGCUAUCGAGAUGGGCACGAAAAGAGCAAUGUCGGUAUUAAUAUACUGUAUGGCUCUGAGAAACCAGCUCUUGUGGAUAGGGUCACGGAAGAGUUGGGAAGACGCCAAAUUCCCCACAGCACGACUCAACUAGCAGCAGUGACAGCCGACACAUUCGAAGCUGGUUGCCGACUCGUUGUAUUCCUUGAGCCGAAGGAUGCGGUGAUUGAUAUCAACGAGAGUAUCCUGAAAUCCAUUCGAGAAGCAGUCACUGCAGCAUCUACUGUGCUGUGGAUUACUGCAUCCGGAAUAUUGAAAGCCAAAAGGCCAGAAGGGGCUCUCAUCACUGGCUUGCUACGCACGCUUGGCACAGAGAUUCCCACAUCAAGGUUUAGGUCUAUCGACUACGAUCCAGAGGAGAGGUUGGAAGAUGGGGCCUUGGUCAAGGUAAUUCUUGACCAAGAGUCGCAGUUACAGGUUCCUAUUGAUGAAGAAAACGAGGACCGUGACUUCGCUUGGCAAGAUGGUCGCCUAUGGAUCAGCAGACUUGUCCCCGACGUAGCACUUCAUGAAAACGCCGUCCUGGCCGAUAUGCCUUCCGAUCUUGCUGUCUCACUUCCGUUCCAUGGACAAGAACCCAUUCGUGCUGACUUUGAGGUUCCCGGUGUGCUUUCUUCCUUGUUCUUCAAGCCGUUCGAGGAAGCAACUCAGGAGCUACCCGAGGACUGGAUUCAAGUCAAGGUUCUCGCGAGUGGGUUGAACUGGAAAGACAUUGCCUCCUGCUCUGGUCGUAUUGACCAAAACGCUCUAUCUGGCGAGUACUGUGGUGUCGUGGAGCAAGUAGGAUCAGAUGUCCGAAACGUUUCCGUCGGUGACAAUGUGUAUGCCUUUGGAAAGGGAUAUCUGGGCAAUGUGGUCAGAGCACCCGCCAUCUGGGCUCAACGUCUCAAGCACGAGGAUGAUUUAGUACAAGUCGCAUCCAUGCCCUUGGUGUACAUGACAGUGUUGUACGCUUUCGAACACAUCACUCGCCUUAAACAAGGAGACAAGGUCUUGAUCCAGUCUGCUACAGGAGGCUUAGGGCUUGCUGCGUUGCGAUUUGCGAAAAGCAUGGGUGCAGAUGUAUUUGCAACUGUUGGGACCGCAGAGAAACGUAAUUAUCUGGUCGAGGUGAUGGGAAUGGACGAGUCUAGGAUCUUCUCUUCCCGUGGCACCGUGAAAGUUGCCGAGAUGAUCCGCGCCAGCGGUGGCAAGGGUUUCGAUAUCAUCCUUGGUACAUCUCAAGCAGAUACGAUGCAAGAGUCUAUUCGAGCACUUGCGCCACUGGGGCGUUACAUCGAUGUUGGGCGUGUCGACGUACAAAACUCCAAAACACUGGAACUCGAGCUGUUCAAGAAGAGUGUGUCAUUUUGUUCGUUUGAUCUGGGCGUGGUACUCGAUGCAGCACCAGCCAUGGGGCAGACCUUGAUGGAGUCUCUGGAAGCUCAUUACCGAGCCGGCCGGAUUGGCCCAAUUCCACAGAUCACCACCUACGACAUCUCAGAGUUGGCUACGGCCUUGCUCCAAUUCUCCAAGGGCAAACAUAUUGGGAAAAUAGUCAUGACCUAUCAAAACCCUGCGUCUCAUGUAAAAAUGAUUCCCUCGCCCCUUCGUGCCAAGUUUUCACGAGAGAAGGUGGCGAUCAUAGUUGGUGGUUUCGGUGGGCUGGGAAGAAGUAUUAUUCGUUGGAUGGCAGGACGAGGAUGUCGCCAUUUGUUGGUCCUCACGCGAAGUGGUGCCCAAAGUCCAGAGGCUACGAGUCUAAUUUCAGACUUGGCCUCUCAGGGAAUCAGUGUAAAGUCUGUAUCAUGUGAUGUGGGCAAUGUUGCAGAUGUGUCGAGGAUUGUUGCCGAAGCCUCGUCAGUACGGCCUAUUCAGGGCAUCGUUCACGCGGCAGUAUCCUACCAAGACUUGUCAUUUCACAAGUUAACAGCAGACCAGUGGAACUUGGGCCUACAAGCGAAAGUACAAGGAACCAAAAACUUGCAUGAAGCAACCAAGUGUUUGAACCUUGACUUUUUCGUUUUGGUAACUUCAACCGAGCCAUAUCUGGGACUGGCCACACAAAGCGCAUACACGGCUGCAAAUAACUUCCAAGAAUUGUUUGCUAGAUACCGGCGCAGUCAGGGAUUAGUAGCUUCCACUGUAGCCUUUGGCUUUGUCUCAGAUCUUGGCCACCUCAGUACCAACAUUGUCACAGCGAAUAUGGGAUUCCGUAACAAACUGCAGACUCUCACGGAAUAUCAGUUCCUUCGCCUCUUGGAGCCUGCUUUUUUCCGUCAACCCGGCGGUCAAGGUAUAGCUGAAUGGUCUGGUCAGGCCGAUGAUCCACUAUCAACAACUGGAUACGUCACCUCAUUUGACCCGGCUGUUCUGGCGGCUGAUGAGGCCGCACGUACAGAUGCAAAGGGUCUCCGGCCAAGAUGGUAUUCCGAUGCACGUGUUUCGCUCGUGAUGCGGAGUAUGGAAGAUGCCAUCUUGUACGACCCUUCGAGGGAAGGUCGAGAUGACGCGGCCGACGAAUCAUCCGCAACGCGUAUACGGCGGCAAUUCCAGGAUUCGCUUCAGUCAAACGAUGGGUUAGUUGCAGCGGAAGAUCUUGCCGCUGCAGCCAUUGCUAGUACAGUGGCUCAGAUGGUGUUUAUCGACGCGGCACAAGUCAGCCCAUCCCGAUCUGUAUCUGACUAUGGCGUGGAUAGUCUCAUUGCGGCAGAGCUAAGACAUUGGUUCAGUCUGGCUUUUGGGAGUGAUAUAAGUAUGCUUGAACUUCUUGACACAAAGAGGAGCAUCAAGUCUAUAGCAAAGACUCUGGUGGAAAAAAGACAAGGGGAACUUCAUAAGGACCACUGA